AUGCCCUCUUCAGCAUCAAUAGCACCGAAUGGAGUUGGGAUGCUAGGCCCCGGUGGUGUUGGUUUCGUCGGUCAAAGUGGCAGAUUUGGUCAUCCAACCUUUCAUAGUGGCACUUUGCCUGGCGGCGCCUCCACUGGACAAUUUGGUCUGGAGAGAUAUUCAGCAAACACGGCUUCCGGCCACUAUCAACAACAACAACAACAACAGCAACAGCAACAACAACAACAACAGAUGAAUGGCCAACAAGUGAUGGUGGGAAGCUUUUCUUUUGAUACUACAUCAAUAUAG